ACACCUAUUUUUGAGGAAAGUUGGCAUGGCAACGUUGGGCAGGUUAUAAAAUCUGUCGUUCAAGUUUCAACCGGUUACUAGUCUAAAAAAUCUGUCAAUUCAAUUUAUCUUAAAUGUAAGAUGGUUAGGACAUACAUUAGAAAAACUGAACGUUGUGUGUAUCCAGAUGGUCACAUUUUGAAAGCUGUCAAGGAAGUUGUUGCUGAGAAAAAAAAAGUACAUGUUGUUGCCAAAGAAACCUCCAUCCCAAAAAGAUCUCUACUGAGAUAUAUUAAAAAUUUCUUGGCUGCUGGAAUCCAAGAUGAGGCUGAAUUAAAUACAAUCAUUGGGGGUUACAAAAAACAUCGCAAGGUUUUCAGCCAUGAACAAGAAAGUAAUCUUAGGAAUUACGUCAAAAAGGCUAGUGACAAUAAUGAUGGAUUCACUACCAGAGACUUGAGAAGAUUGGCUUAUCAGUACGCUACCCGAGAAAAAUGUGUUGUCCCUCUUAGUUGGUCAGUCAAGCAGGAAGCCGGAAGGGACUGGCUCUUUGGUUUCAUGACAAGACAGCGAGACCUUUUAAUCAGGAAGCCUCGAGCAACAUCUGUAGACAGAGCUACCAGCUUCAACAACCUUAACAUUGAUUUCUUCUUUGACAAUGUUGAAAUCAUAGUUGCUCGAGGCAUUCCUCCUUAUCGUUGGUUUAAUGCUGGUUUUACCACAGUGCACGUACCUGAUGGAAUUAUCCCCCUUAAAGGAAGAAAACAAAUCGGUUCUGUAACUUCAGGUGAGAGAGACACACUGGUUACAGUCUGCCUUGCAGUAUGUGCCACAGGGUCGUCCAUUCCACCAUUCUUUGUCUUUCCACGAGUCCAUUUUAAGGAAUAUUUCCUCCAUGGUGCCCCUCUCGGUUCUGCUGGAUCAGCCAACAAGUCUGGCUUGAUGUCAGACAAAGAUUUCAUUUUGUUUAUGAAUCACUUCAUCCAGCACGUUCGGCCUUCGAAGGAGAGCGAGGUUGUUUUAUUUCUCGAUAACCACUCAUCUCAUCGGUCGAACGAGAUAUUGAAUUUGGCUAAAGACAACGGAGUGGUCAUGUUUACUAUACCUCCGCAUUGUUCUCAUCAGCUUCAACCCCUUGACAGAAGUGUGUUUGGUCCGUUUAAAAGAUACUACAAUUCGUAUUGCAGUUCAUGGAUAAAGGACAAUCCAGGAAAACCUAUGAGCAUGCACAACAUUGCAGAGCUGGUUGGAUUAGCCUUCCCGCUUGCAACAACACCUGCAAACAUCACGUCUGGGUUUAAAAUGGCCGGGCUCGUCCCAUUUAAUAGAUUUAUCUUCGAUGGUGACGUCGACUUUACUCCGCCAUCCUUCGUCACGGAUCCUCCUUUUAAUUCAACACCAGUCCCUUCUGAUGAUGGUUUCCCAGAAAUCCUAGCAGCCAACGAUAACAUCGUCCUAGAUGGCCAAACUCCCGUUCCAGCGAACCACAUCACCGACAAUGAUUUAACUUCGAUUCUUCCUUUUAAUUCAACACCAAUCCCUUCUGAUGAUGGUUUCCUACAAAUCCUAGCAUCCAACGAUAACAUCGUCCAAGAUGGCCAAACUCCAGUUCCAGCGAACCACAUCAUGGACAAUGAUUUAACUGCAAUUCUACCCGAUUUGAACGACAUUGUGGGGAUUUUCGAAGAAGACCCUUUGACGAUAGUUCAAAACGUCAAUAUUUCAUUAGAUGUUCAAAAUGGAGAGACAUUUGAACUAAGAGGUGUUAUCGAGGAGGAUUCCAAUAGAAAUCAUGUGGAAACUUUGAGUCCCUACCCUAAAGCUCCUUCCGAAUUGACAAUGAAACGUGGUCGAGGCCGUCCACCCAAAGCUGCUUCCAAAGCUGCUUCCAAUUUGACAUUGAAACGUGGUCGGGGCCGUCCGCCCAAAGCUGCUUAUAAAGCUGCUUCUAAAGCUUCUUCCAAAGCUCCUUCCAAUUUGACAUUGAAACGUGGUCGGGGCCGUCCACCCUCUGUCUUGGCGAAUAACAUUUUGACUAAUCAAAAUUCAAACACAAGUAGUGACACUCCUCGAAAGGAAAAUGGUCAUUCCGAUGAAAUGUCCAUCACAUCUGUUGAAUCACGUGGUGAUGUCGAAAAUUCUGAAAAAGAAAACGUCACCAAUGACAUCCAGAAGAAAGACGUAACAUCAGGAGCUCGUGGACGUGGUCGUCCAGCCAAGACAUCCAUUUUACCAAAAACGACUAUUGAGAAAUCCCCAGCAGUUGCUAUAGUCGCAACCCGUUCGACGACCAGGAAAACUGCGACAUUAACACCUCUAGAUAGAAGAAUGAAGUGUUGCAAUGUAUUGCUGGAACGCGAUCCGGAGGUUGAAGCUUUGCGUAUUGCAAUGAUUGACGAAGGAGAGAGGGAAAAGGUGGCUGAGACUGCAACAUCUCAAGUUGAAAUUCCAGUUGCUGCCAGAGUAACUCGUGGGAUGCUGAAACUUGUUAGCCAGUCUGAACCAGAUUGAAAGAAAAUCUCACCUUUUAUUUCCUCGUACUAAACGUUUUCGUCAAAUUUGAGUGAUAAAACGUCAAUUUUGUUCACA